UAGCUACUGUGUGAUGCUGCACCUGUUUAGGCGAUUAUUAUUAUUCAAAGGCAACACGUUAGUGUGAUUUUCUUCAUUCUAGAGGCAGUAGGCACAGUGGUUUUAUAUAUGGGCUUUGAAGCCAGACAGUCAUCAGUUUGAGUUCUGGCUCUGCCACUUGCAUGAAUCCGCAUGCCUGAGUACUUUCAACACGGUGCCACACAAGCAGAAACGUACAUGGGUGUGGGCCUUAUGAACUUUUUAUUGAUAACAUUAUGAAAUGAGAAGGCUCAAUGCUUACCAGCUGCAUUUUGAACUUGACUACAACAUGCAUUGUGUAUACAAGCGUAUUAGCACGACCUCUGGUAAUAGUCUGUUAUACAGUGUUAGCAAAAAGGCCAAUGGUUUGCUCUCAACGAACGUCUAUAUACUAUGUAAUUAGAUUAAAACGAGAGUCUCCCAGAUACCUGGUGGUCCAGCAGGUUGGAUGUUUGGUCCCUAAUCCCCAUGCUUCUCAAGCCAGGGAUUAGCAUCUUUUGGGAGCUGCAAAGAAUAGGACAGAGAACGUAACCCUGGAUACCUGAUGACUUCUUACUCGUGCUGGUGGUACAUUCAGGUCCCACUCCUUCAGUCCUGAAAUCAGUGACUUUUUCAACACUAAGGAAAGACAAUAUUCUUUCCUCGUCGAUCAUCCGCAUAUUUUACUUGGAGGAUGGCAGUAGAUCGAAAUAACUUUAAGAACUCCCUCAUUUUGAGAAUUCACAAACUUACAGCUUUUUAAUAAGAAAUUAGAGUGAAGACUCUUACAGAACCAGGUUGAAUAGCAGGCGCUCAGUCAGUGUGGCGUGGGAUGGAGCACGAGGAUGACAACGUACGUGCAUCUGGGGAAGUGAACCUGGAGUGUGGACAGAGGCGGUGGCAGAAAAGUCGGGGAGACCAAGGUGUAAGCUCAGUUCUGAGCCACAAGGACGUGGCUCCCGGGUCUGAGACACUAAACCCUUCGCGAGAGGAGCAGACGGCGAAACCCCACAAGCACACAGCGGCCAUCCCGCCUCGCGCAACUGAUCCGUAGGCGCAGGAUGAUGACGUAACGCGCAGGCCUGGCGUUGAUUGGCUUCGGAAGAGUCGCCGCCUAUGCGACGCGGAGCCCCGCUUAAGUUCUCGCGAGAGCCGCGGCCUCCGGUGCGUGAUGGCUGCGGAGCCGGGCGGAGCUGUCUCGCGGCUGCCGGCGCCGGCUCUGGGGCCCGAGACAUGGCCCGGGGUUCCGGCCCGCUAGGCCGGCCUCGCCCCGACACGGCCACCAUGCCCAAGCGAGGGAAGCGACUCAAGUUCCGGGCCCACGACGCCUGCUCUGGCCGAGUGACCGUGGCGGACUAUGCCAACUCGGAUCCGGCCGUCGUGAGGUCUGGACGGGUCAAGAAAGCCGUCGCCAAUGCCGUUCAGCAGGAAGUGAAAUCCCUUUGUGGCUUGGAAGCCUCUCAGGUUCCUGCAGUGGAAGCUCUUUCUGGGGCUGGAGAGCCAUGUGACGUGGACAGCAGUGAGGAGGUGGAGGCCCAGGAGGGGAGCAUCCACGAGAGAACUGUCUCCAGGAAAAAGAAGAGCAAGAGGCACAGAGACAAGGACGGGGCUGCAGGAGAAGAGUACCCCAUGGACAUCUGGCUGCUGCUGGCUGCCUACAUCCGCCCUGAGGACAUUGCGAAGUUCUCCCUGAUUUGUAAGAAUGCCUGGACUGUCACGUGCACUGCCGCCUUUUGGACCAGGUUGUACCGAAGGCACUACACGCUGGACGCCUGUCUGCCUUUGCGCCUGCGACCAGAGUCCAUGGAGAAGCUGCGCUGUCUCCGGGCUUGUGUCAUCCGGUCUCUGUACCACAUGUACGAGCCAUUUGCUGCUCGAAUCUCCAAAAUCCCAGCCAUUCCGGAAAGCACGCCGAGCACACUGAGGAAUUCCAAAUGCUUACUUUUCUGGUGCAGAAAGAUUGUUGGGAACAGACAGGAACCAAUGUGGGAAUUCAACUUCAAGUUCAAAAAACAGUCCCCCAGAUUAAAGAGCAAGCGUGUGGGGGGCUUGCAGCCUCCUGUUCAAUACGAAGAUGUCCACAGCAACCCAGACCAGGACUGCUGCCUGCUGCAGGUCACCACCCUCAAUUUCAUCUUUAUCCCAAUUGUCAUGGGAAUGAUAUUCACCCUGUUCACCAUCAGCGUGAGCACGGACAUGCGGCACCAUCGCGUGGGACUGCUGUUCCAGGACGUCCCUGUCCAUGGCGGUCGGAAGCUGCGCAGUGAGCAGGGCGUGCAAGUGAUCCUGGACCCCGUGCACAGCGUGCGGCUCUUUGACUGGUGGCACCCGCAGUACCCCUUCUCCCUGAGAGCCUAGCUCUGCCUCCGUCCUGAGGGGUCAGUCCAGCGUGGGAGGGGCGGCCGCACUGGAGGUCUGCUUAGGGACGCACAUGCUCUCGGCUUCCUGGGGCUCCUGUUAGGGGAAGGAGGAGGUGGAAUCACGAGGAAAAGCAACUAUGAUUUCUGAACAUAUUUUAAUGUAAAAAUUUCAUUUGAAGAAACCUGGCUCUAUUUUCUGCGUUAAACCCCCUUUGGUGCUAUUGAGUUUGUGGUCUUUAUUCUUUUAUCCCAGUGAAAAUGGAUGACUUUGCUCUAGGGGAAAAUUAAACUCUGGAAUCUCCAAACCAGGAAGCUUCAGCGGCGCCUUUGGCUCAGAGGAACCUGAGAGGCCUGGAUUGUUGCUACUGUUACUUCAGUUUAGCUGCCCCUCAAAUUCACGUGAAUAUUUCCCCCUUACCCUUCUCCAGAAAUAAAGCAGGUGACAGGGUUUUCACAGUCUUACAAGAUUGGCUUGUGUAUCUUUCUUCAAAAACAAUUUUUGGAAGUUUAUCGCGUAAAAAUUCUUUUGCCAGUUUUGGAUUUUAGGUGUUUUUAUGAGAGCAGUGAUGAUAGUGACUUUCUGUGCUUGGUACAGUCCAAGGAACUUGAGACGAUAGCUCUGAUGUUCACAACCCUGCAAGGUGGGUACCACUGUCCUCAUCUUGAAUCAGUGACUUACCCAAGGUCUACCGGCCAGUGAGCGACAGCUAGGACUCUGGCCCGGGUCUCUGCUGUGCCACAGUUAGAAAGGUCAGUCUCAUUUUUCUUGUGGUAGGUGGUGACGGGGGGUGGGCAGAGUGCAUGUAGAUAAAAAGUAAAAGGUGAGUAAAAACCUGAUUGUGGUAUGCCUUAUCCCUAAUGAGCCGGAAAGGUGCAUAAGAUUGAUGAGAAUCUUUUAAAUAUGUUUCUAAGUAAGGUGUAAAACGAACCAAGAACAUACUGCAGAAAAGAUAGUGGUAUUUUUACUGAAUUGUAAGAAAGACAUUUGUUACACUGAAGGUCAUUAAAAAAGGCACCCCAUGUUGAAACCAGC